AUGCCUGUUGGUCAUUUUCCUCUGAAAGACAGGCUGAUCGUGGUGACCGGCGGCGGCUCAGGGAUAUGUCUAGCCUUCGUCCGGUUGGCCAUGCAGAGCGGCGCUCGGGGAGUUCUGAUUUGUGAUCUCAGACUCACCCCAGAAGCUGAAAGUCUCAUUGGCGAGAAAGUACACUUCUUGCGAUGCGAUGUUGCAAAUUGGCGACAUCUCGAGUACAUUCCGAAGAAAGUCGAAAAGUGCUUCGGUGCCGGCCAAGUCGCAGACAUCUGGAUCGCCGGCGCCGCCAUCUUCGAGCCAGAAUGGAGUUCCUGGCUCUACGACACCGAGAAAGAGGGCGGCUACCACGCCAUGCGAGUAAACGCCGAACACCCCAUGAAAUUCACACGCAUAGCAAUGCGCUCCUGCCUCUCCGUCAACAAACCCUGCGUCGUGCUCAUCCUUUCCAGCAUCGCAGGCAUCUACGGAGGCUACGCAACCGCAAUGUACUGUGCAACCAAACAUGCCGUAACGGGCUUCACGAAAAGCAUGGCGCAAGCCGAUAUCGACGAGUCCUGCAAAGUCGUCGCGAUCCUGCCCGGGCAGGUCAGCACGCCGCUGUGGACGGGUCCCGCGGGGAGGAAAAUGGCGGCGCAGUUCAGCUAUCGGGAGAAGAACUCGAUCUCGGCGGAGGAGGUUGCGGAGGCGAUGAAGGAGGUGAUUGAGGAUGGGGAGGGGAGGUAUCCUGGUGGGACGUUGUUGGGAGUUUCGAAGGCGCGGAGGAGGGAGGUUUUUGAGAGUCUGCAGGGGAUUGUUGGGGAUGGGAGUGUGGCGUUUAAGAAGUGGCAGGAUCGGGUGUUUGAGCCGGUGAGGGAGGUUUUUAGGAAGGAGAGAGGUGCUAGGUUGUGA